AUGCAUGAGAUUGUAACCAUAUCGGUAGGCCAUAGGCCAAACCAUUUGGCUACUCAGUACUUCAACUGCCAAGAAGAGCUUCUGUCUCGCCAAGCGGAAAAGGUAAAUGAUCCAUCAAUAUUUUUGCAGCCUUCCAUCGAUAGAAUCUCUAGAACUGUAUCAUACACUCCAAGAGCCCUUCUUUGGGAUGCCAAGACUGGCUAUGGUGCAUUGGGUACCUAUCAAUAUAACCAAUCCAGCGAUUAUUAUUACAGUGAAGAAGAGAACAUAGAGAGCGGACAUAACGAGGUCAUCAUGACUCAGCCACGAGUCCCAAAGGCGGAAUAUCAAACUGCUUUGGACUCAGGAAGUGACGAACUGCCGAGACUGAACCACGAGACUACGAAGUAUUGGUCAGACUAUUCAAAAUUAAUUUAUUCAUUCACAAGUUUUAAUGUUCUCAAAGACUGGUACCACGACGUCUCGAAACCCAAUUUACCAGAUUUUCAUAGGCUCAAAACUAAAAGGUUUGAUAGUUACGAAGUUGGUUGCCAAGAAUUCAAUGAAAACUAUCUACAAGACUUUUUCGAUGGUAAUCUACACACCCAACUCGAGCAAUGUGACACUUUACAGGGCUUUAAUUUGAUAACUGACAUGGAUAGUGGUUGGGGAGGUUUUUCAUCUUCGAUGUUGAUUGAACUUCGGAAUGAGCUACCCAAAGCUUCGAUAUUUACCUGGGGGUUUAAUGAAGAUGAUUCUCUUACUGCCCAAUCCGCCAGUGACUCAAGAAUUACCAAAUCGAAUAUCUCAAAACUAGGAAACAAGAUACGAAGCACGGUAGCCUUAGCUGACGAAUCUGAUCUCAUGGUACCCUUAUAUGGAAAUACUGCUUUGUCGAACUGGGAGCAGGCUGGCUUAACAUGCAAACUAUUUGACACACUGAACUCUACCAUGUCACAAUCAAGUUUGGCCCAACGGAGAUCAAUGGAAGAUAUCACAAAUUGCUUAACGCUGAGUGAUACAGAUAGGAACUUCGUAUCGUCAAUAUCAGGACUCGAGGGAACGAGGGACAGCUCUUUUUUCUCAAGGAUUAAACCCAGCAGGGGCCCUCCAAGAGAACCACACGUCUUCACAACCUGCCGUAUUGCUAGAUUCCCACUGUCCGCUAAGCUACCCACAGAAUCUAAUGUAUCAGAGCUUUCCACUUAUGCAUACUGCCCCUCAGACACAAUUCCUGAUCCUUACCGCCAGGAAACUGAAUUUGCAAUCCAACUUUCUUCCACAGAAAUUUGUAGAGAGGUUUUUAGGCAGUACGAGGAUGUUGUCAGCAAGUAUUUCCGCCAUGAUACUGAUAGAGAAGAACUCAAAGACGAUCUUGCUUCAAUGAGCUCAAAUUACGAGUAUGGCUGGUACGAUGACGAUUAUUCUGGUGACGAUGAUAUGUAA